AUGAGACAAAAUUAUGCCCAGUUUCUGAUUGACUUUUACGUAUUACAAGAGGACCCCGCUCAGCAACAAAUUCUCCAGUCAGCGAAGAAACUUAGACAGCAGCAUGACAUGACCAUUGAAGAAUCUAUGCGACAAGCCGUUAAACUAAGAAAAGACCUGUUUGAGACAUACCCAGUGACAGUGUGUGCGGCUGAUGAAAUUCGUAAACAAAACGGAAGAUUUGUGAUUUCAAACACAGAUACGAGUAACGGACCGGGAAAACAUUGGGAUGAAGAAUAUAUUGACACAGAAGAUAUAAAAGAGGACUUUUCUCAGAUGUUGAGAGAAAAUCCGCAGAUUACAUUAUCAACAAAAUUCAAAAAAGCAAUGAAAAUUUCAAAAAAAGAUCCACGCUGUAGUAGGGCAUACCAAGUAGACUGUGGAGCAAAAGUUGAGCAUUGGUUCUUAGACUUCAUUGAAGAGUCAAAAAAGAAACUGUUCCUUAAUUUGUUAAACGAAAAGGCAAAAGGAGCAAAAAAUUGGAAAAGAGCAUCCAUGAUGAUAGACCACGACCCACGUUACCAGGAUAUUAAUGAUCCAACUAAAAGAGAGGGCUGGUUCACCGAGUGGUACAACGGGAUAAGCAAGCUUGAGACUUUAGCUGAACAAAACACAGACGGAAAUUGUUCACAUUUGACUUUAGCUGAAACAGACGUAACUUGUUCAAAGCCGACUUUAGCUGAACCACAAAAGAAAGGAUCUUGUUCAAUUCCGAUGUGCAUGGAAAGAAAACCCGACAAUACUUUGAUCUUGAUGGAACCAGAUCCAGCAAGGACUCGUUUACUUUCAAACUCAACUUCAUCUGAAGCAAAAUCAACAUGCCAAGCUAAGAUAUGCGAAGCACUUAGAAGACAUAACGAUGAAGUUCUGUUCUCUGUGUUUCUUACUGCAUACAUCAUAAUUUUAUUUUGUAUUUGUUUAUAGGUAUUGGAAGACAAAGUAAAUAUAUGUGUUCAGACAAUAUGUGUUGAAAUCUCGUAUCUAUUCAAUAUUAUUGGCGUUUAACGAAGAUGUUUUUUAAAAAAUGGGCAUCUAAAUGAUACGGUAUUUAUUUAUUUGGAAGAAGUUAGGUGGGGGGUCAUCCAGGAAAAAUGAACUCGGUGACCCCUUUAAAAUUUCGUCUGCAAGACAAUAUGGCGGCGCCCUGUCAUUACGACCUAGUCGGCUCAAAAAGCGACUCAUUUUCUCCUGCAUCCGAGAUGGCGGAUUUAUAUAGACGGGUCAUCGAGCGCUUUUUUCCUUGAUGAGCAUCCCUCCUGACUACUUUUGGAAAUUUUGUUGUUUUGUUUUUGUUUGUUCUAAGAUGUAUCGUUUUUCAAACCAUUUAUCAUACUCACCUUAUCAUAUACGAGGAAUGUUCAAAAAGUUCGUGGAUUUUUGCUGUCAUUUUUUACUUGGUUCAUAAAAACACCCUUAGUGGAUAUGAAUCAAAAGAGUGUCUUUAUUUUCAAAAGUAAGAUUUACUUGUAUUGUUAACUUUUAUUUCCUUUACAAGUUAUGUGCACUUUAAUAACCAUGGCAACGCAACAUCGGUGCACGCUUAAAUUUUCAUAUAAUGUUUAAAUAUAAACAAAUGUUAAAACAAAUUAAAUGAUUGUUUUAUGAAGUUAAAUACAAGUUAUCAUCUAUUAAUAUUUAA